UGAGGAGAGAGAGAGAGACCUAGCCAAAAUUAUCUAUCUGCAAAAGGCUUCUCUCCUCAGUCUUCCUCCCGCCGUCGAAGCAGAAGAUAUCAACCGGAGAAAGUAGAUUCUGUCUUUGCUCCGGCGAUAUUCACUUCAGUUUCUUAGAUGACCCAAAUCUCCCCUUCAAACAAUCAGAGGGAGGUAGGAUACGGAGAAGUGAUGCUUCAUAAGGAGGUUGAACUGUUAAAGGAUAACCCUUUCGAUCUUCGACUCAAUUUUCCUGAUAUAGGGAAAUCAUUCAGGGAUUUUGGGAAGAGUAGAGAAGCUCGUGAAUUUGUUAGUGGGGCUUUGGCUGGAGCCAUGACUAAAGCUGUUCUUGCUCCACUUGAAACAAUAAGGACAAGAAUGGUUGUUGGUGUUGGAUCUAAGAACAUUGCUGGUAGUUUCAUUGAAGUUUUUGAGAAACAAGGUUGGCAGGGAUUGUGGGCUGGAAAUACAGUCAAUAUGGUUCGAAUUAUUCCUACACAGGCUAUCGAGCUUGGUACAUUUGAGCAUGUUAAUCGAACAAUGACAUUAGCUCAAAAGAAAUGGGAAGAGAAUGAUGGUUUGAAAUUGAAGGUUGGUUCGGUUAGUCUAAAGUUCUCACUUUCGUGGAUUUCGCCUGUGGCUGUGGCUGGUGCGGCUGCUGGCAUUGUUAGUACACUUGCUUGCCAUCCACUUGAAGUCUUGAAGGAUCGUUUGACUGUGAGUCCAGAUAUAUACCCGAAUUUAACUGUCGCGGUUGGAAGGAUCUAUAAAGAUGGUGGACUGAGAGCUUUUUAUUCUGGCCUUUCACCUACACUGAUGGGAAUGGUUCCAUAUAGUACAUGUUAUUACUUUAUGUAUGAGACAUUGAAGAAAUCUUACUGUUUAUCGAAGAAGAAGAGUAAGUUGAAUCGUGCAGAAAUGUUAUUGGUCGGAGCACUCUCUGGUUUUACUGCUAGUACGAUUAGUUUUCCAUUAGAGGUGGCUAGGAAACGGUUAAUGGUUGGAGCUUUGCAAGGAAAAUGUCCACCAAAUAUGGCGGCUGCACUUUCGGAAGUGGUGAAGGAGCAAGGAUUGAUGGGAUUGUAUAGAGGAUGGGGUGCUAGUUGUUUAAAGGUUAUGCCUUCGUCUGGGAUCACCUGGGUUUUUUACGAGGCUUGGAAGGAUAUAUUAUUGAUGGAACGUCGACGAUUUUAGUGAGUCGAUUUUAUUGUUUGUGGUUUAUGGAAAUGAGGUAAUUGGAUGUGAAUUUUGAUUGUUUCAACAAUGAGUAGUCCUAAAUUUCUGACUUUAGUUAUGAGGCAUAUUUUUCCCUAAUCUUAUGGAUUUUAUGUUGUACUGUACAAAAGUGAAAUAGUUCAUUUUUGAAUCUGUUGAAGAAAAGAAUGCUUCUUUUUUUGUC